AUGCCUUCUUCGACGAGCUCCAGCAGUUCCGAGGACGUCACCGCUGGGCCCGAACUUCAAUAUACAGACAAGCCUUCGUCGUCCUCCGAUGCUCUCAAGCACCCACUGGCCAUCGUGACUGAAGACACUAAGCUCAAGCCCAGGCUUCCCAGUAUCAAAAUUAACACGCCUGUGUCCCCCAGGAAGUCGCUCAGGUCGCCCAUAGCGAACUUCAACCUCAGGUCCCCGACAGCGAAGAGCGCACCUGCCGCGCCCCUACCGCCUGGCGCGCACCGACAGCGCUUCCGUGCGACGGUCCAUCGUGUCAUGGCGAUGCGCCGCGCGUCGACAAUAAUGACCUCGGGGCGCAUCGGCGCAGAGCCGGGCAUCGACCCCCGCCGCGCGAGCGCGAAUGCGCACUAUGGUCACAUCCGCCAACAGUGCGUGAUCGAGAUCGUGGAUUAUUCCGUGACGAAGUGCAGUGUGGGGCGGAUGGGGAAUCGCGAGGUGGUGUCGAUGCUGCAGUCGCCAGAGGCGAGCAAGCGGGAGCCGUGGGCGAGGGUGCGGUGGAUCAAUGUGGGUGGGAUCAGUUGGGACGUGUUGAGUGCGUUGGCGAUACGAUACGACAUGCACCCUCUUGCCAUUGAGGAUGUCAUCCACCAACACGGCAACAACGCCCGCUCCAAGGCGGACUACUACCCACAACAUCUCUUCCUGCGCAUUCUCUGCCACCGCCUUGCGUCUGAGGAUCAAUGGUACACAACCGACGAUGAUUCGGAUGACCCUAGCAGCAUAGACCCAGGCAAGAUACCGCGCUCAGAGUCGCCAGGACCCAUGGAGGAUCUGGACUACGAGCGGAAGGGGUCGGAGAGCAGGCGCUUUGGAUCCGCGAAGAGAGCGGCAACAGAAGAUGUGGAGAUGGUACGCGGAAGGUAUACGAGGGCCGCUUCACUCGCGCCUCAGCCAUCGAAGAAGAGCUUUACGCGUGAUAGGAAAGUACUUGAGAAGCUGAAGCUUGAGAACGAGGACCGGGUGAACGUCAAGAUCAGCCCCGUCUGUAUCUUCCUCUUCCGUGAUGGCACGGUGAUCUCCAUAUCGAAAGAGUCGAACCUCGACUUCAUGACGCCAAUCCGGGAACGCCUCCGCCAGCCCGAUACCGGACUGCGGAGAACUGCCGACCCGUCGCUGCUCGUUCAGAGUCUCAUCGACCUCAUCGUAGAUCAGGCUCUUGAGGUCGUCGAGGAGUACCAGGGCAAGAUACUCAAGAUCGAGCAAGACGUGCUCAUUCGCCCGAAGAUGAAGACCGUCACUGCGUUACACAUGAUUCAGGGCGAUCUGAACAUGCAUAAACGUACGCUCGAACCAAUCAAGACGCUCAUAUACGGCCUUCGGCGGUACGACGCCGACCGUGCCGCAGCGAUUAUGGCGAGCGAGGGCAAGGUGUGGGAGGCGGUGACCAAGCCAGUUGGAUUCAUGAGCGAGAAGGCGAAGACGUACUUGGCGGACGUGCACGACCAUAUGGAGUACAUACUGAUGAGUCUGGACAUGUUUGCGGGAGUCAGCGACAACCUCAUCAACUAUACGUGUAACAUGGUCUCGUACCAAAUGAACGAGGGCAUGCGACAGCUGACACUCAUUACAAUUAUCUUCCUCCCUCUCACGUUCCUUUCCGGUUAUUUUGGCAUGAACUUCACAAGAUUCUGGUCAGUAAACAACAAUAGCGACCUGUUGUAA